AUGUCUGACCUCAGCCAAGUUGCAGUGUACUCAGACUCCUCAGAUAUUUAUAAGAAUGUGUUCUGCAACCCUGCCUUUGAGCUGGAGGGGGAGCGAGAGGAGCGGGUGGAGGGAUUCAGGACGUCCUCGUCCACCCCCGAACCAAUCAAACCGCCAGCAGCUGGUCUAGGGUUGGGUCUGUUUGGGGUGUGCGUGAUGCGUCUUCGGGGUCCAGGUUGCGGCUGGGGGGUUGUGGUGAUCUCUGCUGCUGCCCUGCUCCUGUUAACGGCCCUCGGACUGGCGCUGGCCCUCAUCCUCACACAGAUAAAGGGCCAGGCAGUGGAGGAUCAGUUGCUGCCCACCAGCUCUCCAGACCAGCUGAAUGCAGGAGAUGGAGCGUCCCAUACUGUACCCACAAUCUCUGCCAACAGAAGUCAACAGGAAAGUACAUCCACACCACAGCCCGCUAGGAUCCAACCAUCUGAAACACGUUGUGGAGGGGUGUUGACUGACUCAGAGGGCAGUUUCAGCUCUCCAAACCACCCCGGCUCCUACCCCCCCAACUUGCUGUGUGUGUGGGUCAUCCGAGUCCCGCCCCCCUCCCCGGUCCAGAUCCACGUCUCCUCUCUGGCUGUAGAGGGCCCGUCUCCCUGUCUGUUUGACUGGCUGGAGGUGCGGGAGCAGAUAGAGCAGAGCUCUGUGGCCACCAGGUUCUGUGGCAACGUAGCACCACCAAUCAUCAACACAAACAGCAGCACAGUGUGGGUCACCUUCCGCUCUGAUGCCAGCAUCGCAGGCAGCGGCUUCACUGCACAGUACAGGGCCAUACUGCCUGGACACCAGAGCUGCUCCAGAGAAGAGUUUAUGUGUGACAGUGGUCGCUGUCUGCUGCCUGUGUCUGUGUGUGACGGUCAUCCAAACUGCCAUGACCAAACAGACGAGGCAAACUGCAGCCAUAAACACAAAGACUGUGGUGGGCAGAAGACCGGGCCGUAUGGAUACCUGUCAAGUCCAAACCACCCCAAACCGUACCCUCACCAGCAGUUGUGCAUAUGGUAUAUAUCUGUUGAAGAGGGUCACGUUGUCACGCUGAGCUUCAGGAACUUCAGCCUGGAGACUCAGGAUGUGUGCGAGUUUGACUACGUGGAGGUGCACGACGGUGUCAGUAUUGGAGCUGGAAGAGUGCUGGGAAGGUUUUGUGGCACCACCUUCCCUCCGGACCUGACCUCCUCCAGCCCCCACAUGACGGUGGUGUUUGUGGCCGAUGAGGGAGUGGCCGACAGCGGCUUCAACGCCACCUACCAGGCCGUGUCUGUCCUGGGCAGGACAUGUGGUCCCAGCCAGUUUGCCUGCAGUACAGGGGAGUGUCUUCAGCAGCAGUGGAUGUGUGACGGAUGGAACGACUGCCCUGAUGGAGCAGAUGAGCAGAGCUGUGGCAACUCCACCUAUCCUCCAUUCACGUCAUCGUGUGAGUCCAUAGAGGUAGAGAUGUGUCAAGGCCUCAGCUACAACCUCACCUCAUUCCCAAACAUCUGGCUAUCCAUUGCUGAUCAGAGAGAAGCUGCCACCCUCCUUCGACAGUACCGGGUGCUGAUGGAGCUGGCGUGCUUCGAGCCCUUGCGGAGGCUGGUUUGCGGGAUGUUCCUGCCCCAGUGCAGCCCUCAGGGUGGCGUCCUCCAGCCCUGCCGCUCGGUCUGCUCCUCCGCCGAGCAGCAAUGCAGCCAUGCUCUGGAUCUCUUCUCCUUCAGCUGGCCCUUCAACUGCCACCUCCUGCCGGACUCACAGGACCCCAUGGAGUGCUCGCUGCCUUGACGCUUCAAGAGUUUGUAGUUUGUGCUAGUAAGAAGAGAUGAUCACACACAGAUUUGCAGCAGUGUUUGAGAGGACUGAAAGGCCUGCAUUUUACAGAACUGACUCAUUUUCUGGACUCAGACCAGCAGGUCUACAGCAUUCAAGAGUUGUGUUGUAGAAAGCAUUUUGAGUUGGAGCAUGAAUGCAACCCUCAUUACACACUACUGCCUGUAAAGCUUGUGGUGCAUGCAGAAAAUUGCAGCACAGUAACUAUUUUAAAAGGAAAGCUACGUAAAUAAAAAUAAGUUUAAUGUU